GCCCCACACGCAUGAGACUACAACUCCCAGCAGCCCUACAGCAGGAAGUGGGCCUAUCUCUUCCGGCGGCGGUCGAGGCGCGGUUACGGGUAGAAGCGGCGGCGGAGAGACGGCGAGAAAACAUGAGUCUGCUAAACAAGCCCAAGAGUGAGAUGACUCCCGAGGAGCUCCAGAAGAGAGAGGAGGAGGAGUUUAACACAGGGCCCCUCUCCGUCCUGACACAGUCUGUCAAAAAUAACACACAGGUCCUUAUCAACUGUCGCAACAAUAAGAAGCUGCUUGGCAGGGUCAAGGCCUUCGACAGACAUUGCAACAUGGUGUUAGAAAACGUAAAGGAGAUGUGGACCGAGGUGCCCAAGAGUGGGAAGGGCAAGAAGAAGUCAAAACCAGUCAACAAGGACCGAUACAUCUCCAAGAUGUUCCUUCGGGGAGACUCUGUGAUCGUCGUACUCAGGAACCCGCUGAUCACGGGCAAAUGAAUGGCCAGCGUCUUGAGAGAUUUGUAACUUAUAGAGUUGGGCAAAAAUAGGGGUAAAUAAAGGCUCGGUGUUCGUUUAUUGACUGUCAAUUUCCCAAUGUCAACCUUUCAUCUGUUUGGUAUCAUUUGUAAUAAAAUUUCUAUCAUUUUGA